AUGCACUGCUGCGAGCGUGUACCACAGACUGGAGCGCACAGGCAGCAGAGAAAAAGAAGCGACAGAAUCAUAACCUUUGAGCCGAGCAGUGAUUCACAUCUUUUCCGUGUCGUGGCCGGACGUCCUCUGCCAAGCUCCCGUUCACAGAAACAAGAUGGGAGCGAGCCGCGGAUCACUGCAGUGCUAGACCCCCCGCUGCCCCCCUGCGCCGCCUCCCCCCUGCACAAGACCCCUGAUUUGUUUGAAAUGAUUGCGAGGAUGCAGGGAAACAGGAUGGAUGAACAAAGGUGCACCUUUCCGCCUCCUCUCAAGACAGAAGAGGACUACAUUCCAUACCCAAGCGUACACGAGGUGCUUGGCAGAAAAAUUCCCUUUCCGCUCAUCCUUCUGCCGCAGUUUGGGGGCUACUGGAUCGAAGGGACCAACCAUGAAGUGGGGAACGCCCAGGAGCCAGAUCUGCAGCCGCUGUCGGCCAGUACCAGAACCAAACUGGAAUGCAACACCACCGCCAUGCUGUUCCGGAAACACUUCUUGGGAAAGGAACACUUUAAUUACUAUUCAGUGGACGGCGCUCUCGGACAUCUGGUCUUUUCACUCAAAUAUGACGAGAUCGGAGACCAGGAACAUCUCCGGCUCAUGCUCAGGACCAAGCUGAAAACGCACCACGAUGUCAUCCCCAUCUCCUGCCUCACAGAGUUCCCUAACGUGGUGCAAAUGGCCAAGCUCAUCUGUGAAGAAGUCAACGUGGACCGUUUUUACCCAGUUCUUUACCCCAAAGCCUCCAGACUCAUAGUGACCUUUGAUGAACACGUGAUCAGCAACAAUUUCAAGUAUGGAAUCAUCUACCAAAAGUUUGGACAGACAACAGAAGAGGAGUUAUUCGGCAACACCAUCGAGAGCGCUGCCUUUGUGGAAUUUCUGGAAUUUCUGGGAGAGAAGAUUGAGCUGCACAACUUUAAAGGCUUUCGAGGAGGGCUGGACGUCACCCACGGGCAAACUGGCACAGAGUCCAUAUACUGCAACUACCGCAACAAGGAGGUGAUGUUCCACGUGUCCACCAAGCUGCCGUUCACCGAAGGAGACGCUCAGCAGCUCCAAAGAAAAAGGCACAUAGGGAAUGACAUCGUGGCCAUAGUGUUUCAAGAGGAGAACACGCCGUUUGUCCCGGACAUGAUCGCCUCUAACUUCCUUCAUGCUUAUAUCGUGGUACAAGUGGUCAACCCCUGCUCCGACAACGUUUUAUAUAAGGUUUCAGUAACAGCAAGAGAUGACGUUCCCUUCUUCGGCCCAGCCCUCCCAAACCCUGCGGUUUUUAGUAAAGGUCCUGAAUUCCAUGAAUUCCUGUUCACAAAAUUAAUAAAUGCAGAGUAUGCUUGUUACAAAGCAGAGAAGUUUGCAAAGUUAGAAGAGCGGACGAGGUCUGCUCUGUUAGAAACACUGUAUGAGGAGCUCCACAUGAACAGCCAGGCCAUGAUGGGCAUCGGGGGAGACGAUGACAAGCUGGAGAAUGGGAGUGGUGGAGGAGGGGGCUUCUUUGAAUCUUUUAAGCGGGUGAUCCGCAGCAGGAGCCAGUCCAUGGAUGCCAUGGGUCUGGCUUUCAAGAGGCCACAAACAGUCUCCACUAGCCUCAGCAACAACUUUAACCACAGUCCCUCAGACAGCCCUAAAUUCCCAGGGAUAUCAUUGCUUGUCCCAGGCAAAAGCCCCAGUAAAUAUGGACGCCGAGGCAGCGCCAUAGGAAUAGGAACAGUAGAAGAGUCUUUGAUAAUCCCGGGGAAAAGUCCCACGAGGAAAAAGUCUGGUCCUUUCAGUUCCAGACGAAGCAGUGCGAUCGGCAUCGAGAACAUCCAGGAGGUGCAGGAACGGAGCAGAGAUAGCUCGCCGCACACACAGAAGACUCCGGACAGCGGCCAUGUCUCCCAAGAUCCCAAAUCUGACAACUCGUCCAAUCAGAGCUCUCCGGAAGUCCUCACGACGGCCAAGAACAGGGCUCCUUCCAUCGCGGAGGCUCACGACCUGUCUCGCUCCUCGUCCAACGCCAGCAGCUUCGCCAGCGUGGUGGAGGAGAACGAGACGGAGGCCACCGAGGACUACGACACUGGCAUGGAGAGUCUAUCCUCCGCUGGGACGCCACAUAAGAGGGACUCGCUCACCUACGGGACGUGGCUGGAGGACAGCAUCAGCAGCACAAGCAACAACAGCCGAGGCAGCUCCCCCGGGCCGGGGAAACCAGAGCGAGUGAAAGGAGCAGAUAUUCGUAUAAAACUGGAGCGACCGCACGAACACUCCUCUUCAAAUUGUUAG